GCCUCUAAAUUGUGUCCCUCACCAAGCUAUCCCCACGAGGAACAAAUUACAAACCGGAAAACAAAAAUCAAAGCAAGAAGCAAACUUGUGGAUCACAGCCACACCCUCAACGGUCACCGAGAAUCUUCUCUCAAUGCCUUGCACUUACGUCCCUCCCUCUUCUUCGUCUUCUUCUUCUCAUCCCCUCAGAUUUCUCUGAAUCUUCCCAUCACCUGUUCGGCGAAAAUUCUCAAAGAGCUUCUCAGCAUAAGCCAAUCAACUCUCCUUUUUCCAUGGAGGUGCUGCAACUCGCUUCCACUCACCUCUUCUCAUCCUUCCGCCGCGCUCCGCUCCACCGCAAGUUCAGUGCUUCCACCUCCCCACCCCUUCCCUCUCCUUUCAUCCGCCGCCCAGAGAUAGACCGGCGGUCCCCAUGGACUAACACUGGUGUUUCUCCGCCGGCGCCUUCGAGAACGACGGAGGAUUGUGCGGCACUCUGGUCAGCUGCCGAUGAGCUUGAGCUGUUCCUUGAUCUGGUGCCGCCGAGUAUGCGCAGAGACUUGACCCGCCAUGCUGAACUCACGGAGCUGAUUGAGUUCGUCAUGGAUCUCGGGAGAAAGCCGAUCGCGAGGUUUCCGUCCGGCGAUUGGGUUGUCUCUGACGAGCCUGUUAAACUCGGGGAUUUGCGGCACGCCAUUGGGAAGGUGGGGGAGUUUUCUGAUGACAAUCGUUCGGGAAUUGAUCGUUCUUUGCACCGAGUCAGUGCGAUUCGGAACCGUAAGAAGGAAAUAAUUGGGCUGACUUGCAGAGUUGGGCGAGCUGUUCAUGGGAGUGCGGAGAUGGUGCGUGAUUUGAUUGAGGGUAAAGGUUCCAUUUUGGUCAUAGGGCCUCCUGGAGUUGGCAAAACUACCUUGAUCAGGGAAAUAGCUAGAGUGCUGGCGGAUGAGCACUUGAAACGUGUUGUCAUUGUCGACACAUCCAAUGAGAUUGGAGGCGAUGGCGAUGUACCCCACUCCGGCAUCGGACGAGCGCGCAGAAUGCAAGUUCCUGAUGUUAAUAUGCAGCAUAAUGUUAUGAUUGAAGCAGUUGAAAAUCAUAUGCCGGAAGUUAUUAUAAUUGAUGAAAUUGGAACUGAGCUCGAAGCGAUGGCAGCGAGUACAAUUGCUCAGCGAGGCGUCCAACUAGUUGGCACGGCCCAUGGAGUUACGAUUGAGAGUAUCAUAAAAAAUUCAUGUUUACAGGUUCUAGUUGGCGGUAUCGAGAGUGUUACACUUGGUGAUGAAGAGGCAAAAAGAAGGAAAGUUCAGAAAACAAUACUUGAGAGAAAAGGCCCUCCUGCUUUUACCUGCGCAGUGGAAAUAGUGUCUAAGAAUGAGUGCAGAGUGCAUCACAAAUUGGAUGCCACUGUGGAUGCCAUUCUUGCCGGUAAGUCUCCUAUGUUUGAAGUCCGAAAACUCGAACCAACGGAAGACGAGUUUGGAGAUUUAGCUCCAUUAAUUGAUAAGAAUUUCAAAGAUCAAGCAUCUGCAACCAGAACCAUGGACGAAGAUCUAAAGAAAAAAUUCGAACAAGCAUUUACUGUUGUUUCAAGACGUAAUAAGCAAGGAAGCAAUGCAAAAUUGGAUUCGAGUAAUGCUAUACGUGUAUAUAUUUACAAGAUUUUGGAAGCAGAUCUAUUACAAGUAGCCAAAGUAAUGGGUCUAGAGGAUCGGAUAGACGUUGUCAAUGACAUUGAAAUGGCCAAUGUGGUUGUUGUAUCGAGUUAUGAAAUGAAGGAGAACCCCUGGAUACACAGUGUGGCAAAAUAUCAUCAAUUGCCAGUUUUCGUGAUUAAGGAAAAUACAAUGGCCCAAAUGGUAAAAGCAAUUAGAAUGGUUCUUGAGGUAAACUCAUUUGGAUCUGCUACGAAAAUACCCGCAACUUUCGUAGAAAAUAUUGAGGUUGAAGAUGAUGCACCAAAGAGAAAACCUACCUUGGAGGAGAUUGAUGCCUUGGAGGAGGUUCGAAUGGCUAUCGAAUACAUCGUAAUUCCGGGCGGAGAACCCGUCGAACUCCUUCCUCGAUGCUCUGAAAUUAUAGCUCGCCAGCUAAAGCUUGUUGAAAGCUACCAACUCGCCGCCGAGAAGUCGGGCACCGAGUUGAAUUCGAGGUUGCAGAUUCUUCCAUUGAAAAUAAGCAAGAAGGGGUCCUCUACAAGAAGAUGUUCGGAGUCCCAUUUGAGGAAACAAGCCAGUAUUGAUUCAUUCAACUAUGGGAAUUCUGGUACAAGUUUCUCUAGGCUUCCCUUUCUACCUAAAUAUUGAAACCUUUAAACGAAAAGGAAAUUUACAUAACUACCACACAAUUCUUAUGAAUUUAAGUAUCUACCACUGAAAGUUUUGAUAUUUACAUUUAUACGACCUUGGUGCUAUAAAUGCAUGCAUACAAAGGUACAUUCGACUUUUAGAAAGUUAGUGAAUAGAUAUUUUUGAUGUAAUGUUAAAUAUUUGAGAGUUAUGAAUGUAAAUAUGAAAGUUUAGGCGUUAGAUAUGUAAAUACAUAAGAAUUGUGUGGUAUAUAUUGCCAUCAUGAAUCUAUGAUUGGCAUUUGAGAGUUGUUGGCAUUUGAGAGUUGUGGGAUAUAUUCUUUACAUAUAUUGUUAAGAGAAAAGGUUCAAAGUAAUCCCCCGACUAUUUGCAGGUGUCCAAAAUAGCUCAAGGCUAUGUAAAAAGUCAAUUUAGUUCCUAGACUGUUUAAAUGAGAACAACAAUGGUGUUGUCCCUAAUUAAGUACUAUGUGGACUAAUAAAUUAGUCAUUUACAUAGUUUGCGCCUAUUUUGCAUCACUUAUAAAUAAUCAGGGGAUCAUUUUGAUUAUUUUCUCUCUUAUAUGUACAAUAUUGUAAAUUAAGUUUUUUUAGGAUUUUCUGAAUGUAAAUCUUACUCAUUCUUUUAGUAAAUAUUUUAA